AUGAACCUUACUCAAGAGCUAGUUGUCGAAACUACUGAGCCAAUAGUUGUUGAAACUUGUGAUCAUGUUUCUAGUAUAGCUACAAUCACACAAGAAAGUGAACCAGUUGUGAAACUGGUCUUUCUAAAAGAACUUCAGUUCAAUCCAGAAGAAGAAGAUAUACCUAAUUCCAUAAUCAUGUCAGCUGGUGCAACAACUCGUUUGGUUGAACUUAACAAGGAUUAUUCUAAAGAUCUCAAAGACAAGUAUGAGAAAGAUGAUAAGGUGUUUGAGAAAGUUGAGGAGUUUUUAUCCGGUAUUAAAGAUACUUUAUCAAAAGUGGAUCUUUCAAAUCAAUCUUCUAUUUCUCAAGAAUCCAUUUCCAAAAUGGUUUCGAAUAUUGAGUCGAGCAUUAAAGCUGAGUUGGAUCCAAUCCUCAAUUUGGUGAUUCCAUUACCAACAAAUGCUCAAUGUACUGCACAAGUUUCGCAAGGGGGAGAAAGGGAAGUUGGAUCAUCUAAUGCUUUUGGUGAAGACAAAGGAGUAGUUAUUAGGAAGACUAUGUCUACUCAAAUUCCAACAAAAAUCCCAAUGAAGCAUGUAAUUGUGUCAUCAAAAACAAACUUUACAACAGGAAAUUUUGAUCAGUCAAAAGUCCAAUCGAAAGGGAUUUCGAUUAAUGAAGGUGCAGGAGGUUCGAGUUCUACUCCUGUAAAAACAAAUUCUAAUAAUGAUUUAAAAGACAAAGGGAAAACCAUUGAAGUUUUAUAG